AUUAGUCGUGUGUGUGUAAUGUAUUUGUUAAUCAAUCAAUCGCGCAGUUUGUAGGAUAACUAUGAGUCAUUUGUACCAGAUGAUGUCAUCUUGUAUAUGCUAACAUUAACACUAACCGGUCGACUUCGAGGCUAGUUAUCAAAUUCAUUGUGACUUGAGCUCUGUUGAAGCUGUCAAAUAUGGCAUGUGAAGAAACGAGAACUGAGGGAGACCUGACUUCUGAUUCAGAGAGACAAAUCCACAAAGAUGAGAUGAAACGAGAAACUAGCCAAAACAUUUGUCAGCACUUCCUCUUGGGCAGAUGUCAUUUUGGAGACAGAUGUCGACUGUCUCACAGUGUGUUCGACGUCCCUCAAACCACACGCUCAGAAGAAGAUGAUACAGACGUCCCAGAAAAGCAGAGCAAGAACCCAAAAAACAAAAGCAGCAAAGCAGAAAAGCAGCACGUGAGGAAUGAGAAGGAAGGGUGUAAGAAGAAGCCACGCAUGCGUACAGCUGACGAUGUCAUCUCCAGAAUUAUAUGGGACUCCUCAGUAAACCCAGCUGACUUUAUAGUGGGUCACCUGGACCGUUUCCUCGGGGUGCUGGAACGCCCGUUCUCUGACUUCUCUUGGGACACUCAGGUUUGUGACUGUGACUUCUCUGAGGAGCUGGCUCUCCCUCGUCAUAGAAUACAGUACUUCAGCUACAAAGGCCAGCGGGUGUGGGAUAGGGACAGUCGCACUGACAGGGUGUUCGGUUCAACGGGGCAGACUAUUUUGCCUCCUUUUGAUGGGGCGAAUGAGCAACAAGACAAUUUAUCUGACGCCAAACAACACGAAGAGACCACCAACACAUCAGAUGACCAAGAGCAAGCGACUGAAUUUUCUGAAGAAAAGGAUGAUGGUGCAGCCGCAAUUACAACAAACAAACAAGAGCUGGGAGACGCUGUAGAUCACUCAUUUACCAAAAAUGCUGAAGAUGAUUUUUUACUUUUGCCAAAAAAAUCUACAGAAGAAGACCAAAACACAUCAGCAGAUUUGAAUCAGUUGGCAGAGAAGUUAUCCAUCGCUCCAAAAGAGGAACAGACUGAAAGAGUGGAAGAAUGGAAGGACAGCUGGGACGGAGAGAGGAGUGCAGAAACAGAGCUAGUAUCAUCCUUACCAAAAGAACCUCGAUCCAACCGUCCUCCUCCACGCAAAGCCACCCACUUCAUCUGCUUCCGUGUGGACUCUCCCGCUGCUCUCCAGGCCUUCCAGCGCAUUCAGAAGAAGGUUCUCUCUCAGCUUCCUCAGUCUGAGCCGCUGUGGGUGGACCCUGCAACUUUACACGUCACCCUUUCCUUACUUGUCCUGAAGGGCCCAGAGGAAGUCAGCGCUGCUGCGGAGCUCCUGCGCACCCAAAUCAGAAACUCCCACAAAGCCCCUAUUUCCGUGUCUUUCACCCACAAACUAAGACACUUUAAUGGGACUGUUCUCCAUGUGGCCCCACAACCCCUGUCAGACAUCCAGAACCUGAACGCUCCCCUCCAAGAGGUCUUCAAGGAGAAGGGCUGGCUUCACCGGCAUUCCCGAUGCCCAACGUACCACCUCACCCUGGCCAAACCGCAGGAGUCCAUGACAGAGAAGAUGUUUGAAGGCAUAGGGACUGUUAAGCUGGCCAAAGAUAUCAACUUCGGCAAGCUAGAAGUAAACAAACUCUAUCUUUGUGUGAACGGUCAUACUAAGACGGAGGACGGUUUCUAUCAGGUUGUAUGUGUUGAGCGUCUUCCCAAUGUUUAAAAGUGCCUGGUUAUGUAACGUUUUAACCCAGACUUGAUGGUUAAUUACUACGUCAAAUAUUUUAUUAUAUAUUUAAAUUAAAAAUAAUUAUCAUGAACUCUUAAAAUUCAUUUCCAAUCCCUGAUGUGUAGACGCACAGGUUUCCCAAUCAAUGGCUCAAAUAAACUCAAAUAAUACAA